AUGCUUUCUUUUUCACACUUCAACUUUAAAUGGUGGUUUAUUGUACCUGUAAACAGCUUUUAUGUUACUGACAUAAAGUCCUCUAAUAAUCGCUCAAAAACAAAUAUUGAUAAUGCACCUAUAGAUGUGUCAAGUAUAAAAUUACUUUCCGCGAAAAUUGUUUCAAUGGAGAAACAAAUAUCUGAAAAUUCCAAUCAAUUCUCUAUAAAUAUCAAAAACCUUGAUGAAAGUGUUUCACUCUUCAGGGCGAAAGUUGGCCAAAAGUAUUGUGAAUAUAUUCAUCUUAGUUACUCUUCAGCUAUGAAACAUGACAUUGAAUCAAGAUGUUGGAAAAUUGUGGCUUACUUAUUAAUUGAACAAUUUUGUCAAGCAAUUUCUUUGGAAAGACGUCAAUCUUCAAAUAAACCACCAUCAUCAUCUAUUAGCAAUAAACCUCCAAGGUGGAUACGUUGUAUAGGUUGUUUUGGGACAUUGCUAGAUAUCAUUGGUCAUAUUGCUCGGAAAGAUCAAGAAAAGAAUAAACAAUUCCGGGCAGAAAAUGCAUCUCGAUG